AUGUCACUCACUGUAGAUCCCCCCACUGAUGGCAUCAAAGCUGCUUUCUACCGCAGUCGCCGCCAGCUUCAGCAACGACUGCGCGAGAUACAGGACGUCUGGACUGCCCGCAAAGCUGAGGAGAUCCAGGGUUACGCAGACCGCAGCGAAUGGAAGAACUUCUGCUCCGCGAUCAAAACUGUAUACGAUCCACCGACAAAGGGCACUGCUCCUCUCCUCAACGCCGACUUUAGCACUCUCCUGACUGAGAAAACGCAAAUCCUACAGCGAUUGGUCGAGCAUUUCCGAGGCGUACUCAACCGCCCUUCCACCAUCUCCGACGUCGCCAUCGACCGUUUGCCGCAAGUGGAGACCAACGUGAACCUCGACCACCCGCCAUCUCUCCAGGAAACCAUCAGGGCCGUGCAGCAACUCUCCAGCGGGAAAGCACCCGGAUCGGACGCAAUCCCUGCUGAGGUCCACAACUAA